AUGCUCUUUGAUGGGUCAGCCACGGAGCUUGUACGCCUCCUCGCCGUCCCUGUCCGGCCUCAGAAUCCCCCGGAGACAGCCUCCGCGACACCAACACAGACCCGAAAUGGCUGCUGUGCUACCAAGGACAUGGAUGGGAUGAAGGAGCACCCAAACCGGAAAGCGGACACCGAAGUGAUGACCAGCUCCUCACAAUGCCACAAGCGAGCAAAAACCCAAGACGGCCAUAACAGAGCCGACACCGACCACUCCAUGAUCAACCACUCCGUUACCGACAGCCUCGUCAUCGACCGCCCCGUCACCUUUUCUACCCUUCCUCCCGAAGUGCAUCGGCUCAUCUUUACCCAUAUCGAAUGCAUCGAUGACGUGUUUCGACUGGGCCUCGCGAAUCGGUACUUGUGGUCGAUCGGUCGAGAACACAUGCACGACUAUUACAUGUCGUUCCUCGGACGAUGGGCCAACGAGCAUAUUGUCUGCGUGGGAGAGGAUGUCAAGCCGGGCGACUAUCCUCCCGGCUUGUUUUCGGCUCAGGAGCUAGACUUGUUGCGUCAAAAGACAAGCGACAUACCGUACGACUGGGACGUUGACUGGGACGAUGUGGCGUUUCCGAAUGUGCCCUUCACGCUUCACCACUUCACUUUUCCCAGUAUUUCCACCCAAGAAGAAGACGUUUCUCUGUUCGGCAAGUCGCUGGCUUUGGCUGGCCUCUUUCACGACUUGGACAUCUCCAAGGAUCCCGCUUACGAUUACAUACGUUCAGAGAUGCUGGUCAAACAGGAGACCUACUUUCCCCAAGACCAGCAGUGGAUUCUUCGAAACUUGACGACAAAGCAGUUCGUCCGCUCGGAAGCCAUUGCCCUGAAGCCAGAAUGCAUCCACGGACCCGACAUCAGUGUCUUGGGUUUCGGUGAGGUCGUCAUGUCGCGUAUAUGCUGGUCGACAUCCUCAUUCACUAGUAUGAGCGAUACGGUCGAUAUCUCGAGGGGUACAUGGGCAGGGCUAGACUAG